AUGGCUGUGGUGAAGGAUCAUGACACUGAUGAAAUUGGAAACGAGUUUCCAGUAGGAAUGCGUGUUCUUGCUAUUGAUGAUGACCCAUUGAGCCUCUUCACUUUGCAGACUUUGCUCAGACGGUGUCAAUAUGAUGUAACCGUGACCACAGAUGCAGUAUCAGCACUGAAGUUGUUGAAAGAAAAGAAAAGCAAGUUUGACCUGAUAAUCACCGAAGUCCACAUGUCAGAAAUGAAUGGAUUUAAGUUGCUUGAACUCAUGCAAUGUUGGAAUUUGAUGGACCAACCUGUCAUAUUGUCGUCUGAAGAUAAUGACCGAAACAUGGUCAUGAAAGGAAUCAAACUUGGAGCUUGUGAUUAUCUGGCAAAACCUGUGAGAAUCGAGGAGCUGCAAAACAUAUGGCUGCAUGUAAUUAGGAGUAAGAAUAUUAAGUCUCGAGUUAUUUGGACCGAAGAGCUUCAUCGUAGUUUUGUUGCUGCUGUUAUUAAGCUAGGGGUUGACAAGGCAGUACCUAGAAAAAUUCUUGAAUUGAUGAAUGUUGAGAAGCAACUUACUAGGGAGCAUGUGUCCAGCCAUCUCCAGAAAUAUAGACUUCAUCUUAAAAGGAUUAGCUCUAAGUCAGCCCAACAAGUUGAAUCCUUGCAAUGGGGGAAUCAGAGUAGCAUUACAAAUACUUAUGGGGAAACAAAUUUUCAAGGAAGGGAUGACCAAAAUCAGAAUGAUGUUAUCUGUAGCUCAAUAGACUCCCGGAUUCCCUUGAAUGGUGUUGUUGAUUCAGAAGGGCAUAGUCCAGUUGCAAAAGCUGCAAAGCUGGAUAAAUCUGAAAUUCCUGCAAAGAUUAAGUUGCUUCCGGAUCCAUGGACUCCUGAAUCUGGAUUAGUCACUGCUGCCCUCAAGAUAAAGAGAGAACAGCUGAAAGCCAAAUUCAUAGAUGAUCUUAAGAAGUUGUAUACAUGA